UUCCAGCUGGCUGCCUGACACGUUGUCAUGAAUCUAGGUCAAGUGGGUGGCUCUGCAAGUGUGAGGAAGACCAUCAGGACCCAAGAGAGACCCAGGGCCUGGUGGAUGCACAGCUGUCUGGGGCUGAGGAGGAGGAGGCCAUAUCCCCCUCAUCCUCCCCCUCUGUCCCCUUCCUGGGCACCCUGGAGGAGGUGGCUGUGGCUGCAGCCCUGAGUCCUCCCCAGGGCCCUAAGAGUGCCCGGCCCUCCAGCUCUGCCAUGGCAGCCACUCCUUGGAACCAGUCCGGAGGCGAUGGCUACAGCAGCCAAGAUGAGGAAGGGCCAAGCACCUGGGAGGACCCGGGAGAUGCCGACUCCUCGCUCCAAGAUACACUAAGUCUGAAAUUCACUGACCUGGUAGGGUUCCUGCUGCUCAAGUAUCGCACAAAGGAGCCCACCACAAAGGCGGAGACGCUGAAUACGGUCCUCAGAGAUUACCAGGACCACUUCCCUGUGAUCUUCAGACAAGCCUCUGAGCACAUGCAGCUUGUCUUUGGCAUUGACGUGAAGGAAGUGGACCCCAGUGACCACGCCUAUGUCCUGGUCACCACCCUGGGCCUCACCUACGAUGGGAUGCUGAGUGGUGAGCAGAGCAUGCCCAAGACUGGCCUCCUGGUGAUGCUCCUGGGUGUGAUCCACCUGCAGGGUGACUGUGCCCCCGAGGAGGACGUCUGGGAAGCACUGAGUGUCAUGGGGGUGCGUGCUGGGAGGGAGCACUUCAUCUAUGGGGAGCCCAGGGAGCUUAUCACUAAAGUUUGGGUGCGGGAGCAGUACGUGGAGUACCGGCAGGUGCCCAGCAGCGAUCCUGCACCCUACGAGUCCCUGUGGGGUCCCAGGGCCCACGCUGAAACCAGCAAGAUGAAAGUCCUGGAGUAUUUGCUCAGGGUCAGUAGCAGGGAUCCCAAUCCCUUCCUCCACCUGUGUGAAGAGGCUGUGAGUGAUGAGGAAGGGGCACCUGAGCCCGAGGGCGGCCAGGCACGGGGCAGGCCCAUGCCCAGCACCUUCUCUCAGGAAGGCCCUGUGUCAGUAAUGGGGACACAAGGAUAAGCAGGAAACCCCCCACCCAUAGAAUGAGAGUCUGGGAGCCACAGUACCAGAAGAAAGGUGGUGAGGUGUCCCCUCCAGGACGAGUCAAAGAAGGUGGGAGGUGGUGCGGCCCCAGGGGAGCGCGCUCACGUGUAAAGCCCCCGAGCCAGGGCAGUGUGGGUCUUCGGGAAACUGCGAUUCCUUCUGUGGGAGUUGGUUGUCAUGAAGCUCGGUGGUGGCAAUGGCCAGACUCACAGUGUGUCUUAGGGCUGAGGGGCAAGUCUGAAAUGGAAAAUUGCUCUGAAGAGUUUCUUAGGGAUCUCAGGUAA